AACAUGGUGAUAAAAAAGGCCCGUUGGUGGUUGAAGAAAAAUCUCAGUCAAAUGAAACAGGCGUUGAUAGUAUAACUAAUGCGCUUGAGGCCCUAACCAUAAAUAAGAUAAGUCAGAAAGCUAGUAAUGUUACCAAAAUGGAUAAGAUUGAAUCUGAUAUUAAGGAACUAGUAAAGUGA